AUGACUUCGAAGGUUUCAGGUGUUAGCGUGGAAGAAACCACUGCGGCCAGAGUCAUCCUUGAGAGACAUGUUCGCGGAGCCUGGCGCACCGACGAGGUCGCUGAGCACGACGGAUGGCUUAUCCUCCCAGAGAUUCCCUCUAGCAAGGAGAUCAACCCCCCAGGAGAUGACAAGCCCGAGCCGGAAGAGCAAUGGAAUGACUAUCAGUUCGAUCCCGUCUAUGACCCGCAACUUCCUACCAACAUCGUUGACGGUCCUUGGGACUCCAGAAGCGAAUAUCUCAAGGCACAUUUUGAAAUUCUCCGAGAAGACGCCAUUGCCCCGUUGAGGAACGCAGUUAAGGCUUUCAAGGAGAAUCCAGAAAUGUUUGAUGAUGCUAGUAUCAGAGUUUAUACCCACGUAUAUCCCACUGGUAUUUUGCUGACUCGUAAUGGACCAGCCACCCGAGUGGAAUUCUCUACCGAGCGCGCUGCAAAGCAAAUCCGCUGGGAGCAGUCUACGCGAUUGAUGCAAGGCAGCAUGGUUGCAUUGUCUCCAAGCAGCGAUAAUUUUAAGACAAUCUGUAAGGUUGCCAUCGUCGCAGCUCGACCCAUCUUUGGCGGCUUGGAUCAAAAUCCUCCGACUAUUGAUCUUUUCUGGGGAGAGUUCAACGAAGCACACAUUGACUGCUGUGAAGAAUGGACGAUGGUUGAAGCUUGCGAAGGUUUCUUCGAAGCAUCUCGCCACAUGUUGGCCGGACUUCAACUUGGAAAGACGGAAGGGAUCCCAUUAUCAACCACCGUUGUCAAGCUUACAUCCAAGAGCCAGGCUCCCGCUUAUGUCAAGGAAAACCCUUUCUUCGAUCUCACACGGCUUGAACCACCUAGGAAGGAAGGCUUUGAGAAUACUCUGGUAGACACCGACGAUACCUUUGACCUUAGCAAUGUCGAUGUUCUCCAGAACUUCCCAAGCUAUGUCAACAAUGGGAUGGAUACCUCGCAGCUUCUAGCUUGUAAGGCUCUGUUGACGCAACCCGUUUCGAUUAUCCAAGGUCCUCCAGGUACUGGAAAGACUUUUGUGUCAAUCGCUGCUCUCAAGGUCCUCGUUGCGAAUCUAAAGCCAAGCGACCCUCCAAUCAUCGUCUCGGCCCAGACGAAUCAUGCACUCGACCAAUUACUCAACCAUAUCAUGAAAUUCGAGCCGAAUCUUGUGCGACUUGGUGGCCGUUCUGCCAAGGAUAAUACAGAAAUUAGGAAGAGAACCUUGUACGAGCUAAGAGAGGCAAACCGCGAUGUUCAAGACGCUCGUCAAGGGCUCCGUAUCGCACAUACAACCUAUGUGAACCUCUGCAACGAGAUCGAGGCAAUCGUUCAUCCGUUGAAGAAUGGCGAGAUCAUGACUGCCCAGAUCUUAGUUGAACAUGGUAUCUUGAGCGAGGCCCAACGCUCCUCCCUGAACAGCACAGGAUGGGGAGACGAUGAGGAUGAGGAAGGCAGAUAUGGUGGUGUCGCAGAGCAUAUUGAUGUCGAUCUUCGCGAGUGGCUGGGCGACGACCAAAUUAUCCCCGUGCCCAGAGCUCCUAAUAAGCAUCUCGGUGUUCUUGAAGAAGAAGUAGAUCUUGAAGUCGAGCAAUACCAAAAUCUGCAGGAAAACAUUGCUGCAUUGCAAGAUGAUGCCGACGAGGGUCUACAAGGUGUUUGGAUCCCGUUUGGGAGAAAGGAGACGGGAUUGGCUGCAACAGGAAUUUCAGCAUCUAGAAUCUCCGCAGACGUGCGAGCACUCAAGGAUCUCAACCUUGUUCAACCCAACGAACGUGGUAGAUGGUAUCGUGGUUUCGAACUCUUAUUGAUUCGAUCAAUCCAAAGCAAGCUGCGAAAGUCUUUGGUAAAGUACAAGUUGGCAGUUCAAGAAUAUCAAGUGGCCAAGUCUAUUUGCAACCUAAAAAUCAUUCGAUAUCUUGGCAUUAAAGUCAUCGGAUGUACGACCACAGGUCUCGCAAAGUAUCGAGCCCUGCUUUCCGCACUUCGAUCCCGUACACUGCUCAUUGAGGAGGCUGCGGAGACGUUAGAGGCUGCGAUUGCGGCCGGUCUGAUCAAGGGACUACAACAGCUGGCCCUUGUCGGAGAUCAUAAGCAACUGCAGGCCACCUGCAACGUCAAGGCACUUGAAGAAGAGCCAUAUAAUAUGAAGAUCAGUCUCUUCGAGAGACUGAUCAACAAUUCGAUCCCCUACGUAAUGCUGAACAAGCAGCGUCGAAUGGUCCCCGAAAUUAGAAAGCUCUUAACUCUCGAGCCGGAGCCUUUUUAUCGAGGUUUGACCGAUCACCCAUCUGUGCUCGACAGAGUCGUCGAUCGUCCGCAUGUGCCAGGAAUGGAGAAGGAUCUGUAUUUCAUCCAACACGAGUUUCCGGAGACCGUGAAUCAAGAUGGCAGUCGACUUAAUUACGACGAAUCCGAGAUGAUUGUCGGAUUCAUCAAUUACCUUGUCCUUAAUGGCACAGACCCAGAUAAGAUUACAGUCCUGACGGCUUCCUGGACAAUCAAAAUCGAGUUGUGGUUGCCCUUUCGAGAGCUCGCCGUGGUCUCUACAUGUUCGGAAAUGCGAUCACAUUGA